AUGAAGAUGUCACUGGAAAUCUUUUUAAUUGCCCCAAUAACAACAACUACAACAACAGCUGCCACAACAGUCGCUUCAACUGCAGCCCCAACAACAACAAUAGCAUCUGCUACUACAGGAGCUACCACAACUUCAGUUCCGACAACAACAGCUACCGCAACUACAGCCCCAGCAACAACAUCUGCUACAACUAGAGCACCAAGAACAACUGCUACAUCAACAGAUCCAACAACAAUAGUUGCUUCAAAUGUAGCCACAACAUCAACACCUGCCACAACCACUACAACAACUGCUACAUCAACAGCUCCAACAACAACAGUUGUUUCAACAGCAACUACAACAACAGCUGCCACAUCUACAGCUCCCACAACAAACACUUCAACUGCAGCCCCAACAACAGCAAUAGCAUCUGCUACUACAGGAGCUACCACCACUUCAGUUCCGACAACAACAGCUACCGCAACUACAGCCCCAGCAACAACAACUGCUACAACUAGAGCACCAAGAACAACUGCUACAUCAACAGAUCCAACAACAAUAGUUGCUUCAAAUGUAGCCACAACAUCAACACCUGCCACAACCACAACAACAACUGCUACAUCAACAGCUCCAACAACAACAGUUGUUUCAACAGCAACUACAACAACAGCUGCCACAUCUACAGCUCCCACAACAAACACUUCAACUGCAGCCCCAACAACAGCAAUAGCAUCUGCUACUACAGGAGCUACCACCACUUCAGUUCCGACAACAACAGCUACCGCAACUACAGCCCCAGCAACAACAACUGCUACAACUAGAGCACCAAGAACAACUGCUACAUCAACAGAUCCAACAACAAUAGUUGCUUCAAAUGUAGCCACAACAUCAACACCUGCCACAACCACAACAACAACUGCUACAUCAACAGCUCCAACAACAACAGUUGUUUCAACAGCAACUACAACAACAGCUGCCACAUCUACAGCUCCCACAACAAACACUUCAACUGCAGCCCCAACAACAGCAAUAGCAUCUGCUACUACAGGAGCUACCACCACUUCAGUUCCGACAACAACAGCUACCGCAACUACAGCCCCAGCAACAACAACUGCUACAACUAGAGCACCAAGAACAACUGCUACAUCAACAGAUCCAACAACAAUAGUUGCUUCAAAUGUAGCCACAACAUCAACACCUGCCACAACCACAACAACAACUGCUACAUCAACAGCUCCAACAACAACAAGCACCAAGAACAACUGCUACAUCAACAGAUCCAACAACAAUAGUUGUUUCAACUGCAGCCCCAACAACAACAGCUGCCGCAACUACAGCACCACCAACACCUACUGCAACUACAACACCGACAGGAAUAGUUACAACUGCACCCUCAACAACAACAAUCACCCUAAUUAUGACCCCAACACCAAUAGUUACAACUGGAGCCCCAACAACACCUACCACAACUACAAUCCCAACAUCAAUAGUUACAACUGGUGCCUCAACAACACCUACCACAACUACAACACCAAUAGUUGCAACUACAGGACCACCAACACCUACUGCAACUACAACACCACCAAUAUUUACAACUGCACCCCCAACAACAACAAUCACCCUAAUUAUGACCCCAACACCAAUAGUUACAACUGGAGGCCCAACAACACCUCCCACAACUACAAUCCCAACACCGAUAGUUACAACUGGAGCCCCAACAAUACCCUCCACAACUACGACACCAAUAGUUACAACUGGAGCCCCAACAAUACCCUCCACAACUACGACACCAAUAGUUACAACUGGAUCCCCAACAACACCUACCACAAGUACAACCCUCACACCAAUACUUACAACUGCAGUCCCAACAACACCAACAACACCUACCACAACUACAACACCAACACCAAUAGUUACAACUGGAGCCCCAACACCUACCACAACUACAAUCCCCUCAUCAAUAGUUACAACUGGUGCUACAACAACAACUACCACAACUACAACACCAACAGUUACAACCAGAGGCCCAACAACACCUCCCACAACUACAAGCCCAACACCAAUAGUUACAACCGGAUCCCCAACAACACCUACCACAACUACAACCCCAGCACCAAUAGUUACAACUGGAGGCCCAACAACACCUCCCACAACUACAACUCCAAUACCUACAACUGCAGGCCCAACAACACCUUCCACAACUACAACCCCAACAACAAUAGUUACAACUGGAGCCUCAACAACACCUGCCACAACUACAAGCUCAACAACAAUAGUUACAACUGGAGCCCCAACAACUACAGCCCCAACAGCAAUACUUACAACUGGAGCCCCAACAACACCAACACCAAUAGUUACAACUGGAACCUCAACAACACCUACCACAACUACAACGCCAACACCAAUAGUUACAACUGGAACCUCAACAACACCUACCACAAGACCAACACCUACCACAACUACAACCCCAGCACCAAUAGUUACAACUGGAGGCCCAACAACACCUACCACAACUACAACCCCAACAACAAUAGUUACAACUGGAGCCUCAACAACACCUCCAACAACUACAGCGCCAACAUCAAUACUUACAACUGGAGCCCCAACAACACCAACACCAAUAGUUACAACUGGGUUCCUAACAACACCUCCCACAACGACAUCCCCAACACCAAUAGUUACAACUGGAACCUCAACAACACCUACCACAACUACAACCCCAACACCAAUAGUUACAACUGGAACCUCAACAACACCUACCACAAGACCAACACCAAUAGUUACAACUGCAGCCCCAACAACACCUCCCACAACUACAACCCCAACACCAAUAGUUACAAGUGGAGCCCCAACAAUACCUACCACAACUACAAGCCCAACACCAAUAGUUACAACUGGCGCCCCAACAACACCUCCCACCAAUACAACCCCAACAACAAUAGUUACAACUGGAGGCCCAACAACACCUCCCACAACUACAAGCCCAACACCAAUAGUUACAACUGGAUCCCCAACAACACCUACCACAACUACAACCCCAGCACCAAUAGUUACAACUGGAGGCCCAACAACACCUCCCACAACUACAAUUCCAAUACCUACAACUGCAGGCCCAACAACACCUCCCACAACUACAAGCCCAACACCAAUAGUUACAACUGGAUCGCCAACAACACCUACCACUACUACAACCCCAGCACCAAUAGUUACAACUGGAGGCCCAACAGCACCUGCCACAACUACAACUACAAUACCUACAACUGCAGGCCCAACAACACCUUCCACAACUACAAUUCCAAUACCUACAACUGCAGGCCCAACAACACCUCCCACAACUACAAGCCCAACACCAAUAGUUACAACUGGAUCGCCAACAACACCUACCACUACUACAACCCCAGCACCAAUAGUUACAACUGGAGGCCCAACAGCACCUGCCACAACUACAACUACAAUACCUACAACUGCAGGCCCAACAACACCUUCCACAACUACAACCCCGACAACAAUAGUUACAACUGGAACCUCAACAACACCUACCACAACUACAAGCCCAACACCAAUAGUUACAACUGGAGGCCCAACAACACCAACACCAAUAGUUACAACUGCAGGUCCAACAACACCUCGCACAACUCCAAUACCAACACCAAUAGUUACAACUGGGUCCCCAACAACACCUCCCACAACGACAUCCCCAACACCAAUAGUUACAACUGGAACCUCAACAACACCUCCCACAACUACAACACCAACAACAAUAGUUACAACUGCAGCCCCAACAACACCUCCCACAACUACAACCCCAACACCAAUAGUUACAAGUGGAGCCCCAACAACACCUACCACAACUACAACCCCAACACCAAUAGUUACAACUGGAGCUCCAACAAUACCUACCACAACUACAAGCCCAACACCAAUAGUUACAACUGGCGCCCCAACAACACCUCCCACCAAUACAACCCCAACAUCAACAGUUACAACUGGAUCCCCAACAACACCUCCCACGACUACAGGCCCAACACCAAUAGUUACAACUGGAGCCUCAACAACACCUCCCACAACUACAAGCCCAACACCAAUAGUUACAACUGGAGCCUCAACAACAUCUCCCACGACUACGUCCCCAACACCAAUAGUUACAACUGGAGCCCCAACAACACCUGCAACAACUACAACCCCAACACCAAUAGUUACAACUGAAGCCUCAACAACACC